CGAGGCAGCGGCGGAGGGUUUUCGAAGGCGAGGAAAUGAAGCCAAGAACAUUUCCGUCGCAAAAAACCUCCCUGCUUUUGGCAGUGGAAAAGUCCAGACGGGCGGCUGCGUUCGGGGUGCCUGCAGCGUUGACCAGCCGGAGCCUGCAGUUUAGCAAUACUUCGUGAACGUUAGCACAGGACUCGGUUUAGGGCUUUUCUGCUUGCUCUCCGGAAGCUGAUCUUCCCGUAAUACGGAGGUCACAGAUCUGGCAUUAGCCUACAGAGAAGGAACUGGCACAGGAUGAAGGCGAUCCACUGGUCCAGGUGGACGUUGUUUGGAAAGGAAGGGAGGAUGAAGGGAGAGCUGGACCCAGUUGAUCCAGAAGUAAGAGAAGAUCCUCAUGCCAUUGAGGCUGGGAGCAGAAGGGAACUGUGCGAAGAAACUGUGCAGAGGAACCUGGGAGGCAAUGUUGUCCCUUCAGAUGAGCAACGCCAGCAGUUCAGGCUCUUCCGCUACCAGGAGGCUGUAGGGCCCCGAGAAGCUUGGAGCCAACUCCACCAUCUUUGCUGUCGGUGGCUGAAGCCAGAAAGGCACAGCAAGAAGGAGAUCCUGGACCUGGUGAUCCUGGAGCAGUUCUUGGCCGUCCUGCCCCCGGAGAUGGAGAACUGGGUCACGGAAUGCGGGCCAGAGACCAGUUCCCAGGCAGUGGCCCUGGCAGAAGGGUUCCUCUUAAGCCAGGCGGAGACCAAGGACUGGGAAGAGCAGGUGCCAGAGCAGAUUGUGCAGGAGCAUUACCACCACAGAGCAGCUUUUCCAGGUGGUUUCUUGACACCAUCUCCUUUUGGCAGAGAAAAAGCGUCCAUGCAGCCAGAUCAGGGUCCGGUGACCUUUGAGGAGGUGUCUGUUCAUUUCACUGAGGGGGAGUGGGCCCUGCUGGAUCCAGACCAAAGAAGCCUUCACAAGGAAGUCAUGGAGGAAAACCAUCAGAACGUGGCCUCUCUGGAGGCUGAUGGUCCCCAGGACACAUCCAUGGGAGAACUGCAGCAGCUCCCAUUGGAAGGGAAACAACAGAGAAGAAACACUGGAAUUAGACAAAAGAGCGGGGAUGAAUCCUCUGCUUCUCAGGGUCCUGCAUCCCAGGACGUCUUGCCAUACCAUGGAAGGAUCAAUUGCCCUGUGUGUGGAAAAACAUUCAUUAAUCAAUCAGUGUUUGAUACACACUGGAGAAUCCACACAAGGGAGAAACCAUAUAAAUGUUUGCAGUGUGGAAAGAUCUUUGCUCAGAAAACACGUAUUAUGGAACAUCAAAGAAUCCACACAGGGGAAAAACCAUAUAAAUGUUUGGAGUGUGGAAAGAACUUUUCUUAUAAAGCUACCCUUACUGCUCAUCUACGAAUCCACACAGGAGAGAAACCAUAUAAAUGCUUGGAGUGUGGAAAGAGCUUCGCUCGGAGUGACACACUUACUGCUCAUCGACGAAUCCACACAGGAGAGAAACCAUACAAAUGUUUAGAAUGUGGAAAAAGCUUUACUCAGAGUACAGCACUUACUGACCAUCGACGUACCCACACUGGGGCAAAACAAUAUAAAUGUUUUGAGUGUGGAAAGAGCUUAUCUUGUAGAGUCACCCUUACUGCCCAUCAACGAAUCCACACAGGCGAAAAACCAUAUAAAUGCUUGGAGUGUGGAAAGACCUUUUGUUAUAAAGUCACCCUUACUUCCCAUCAACGACUCCACACAGGGGAGAAACCAUAUAAAUGCUUGGAGUGUGGAAAGAGUUUUGUUCAGAAGGCCCAUAUUAUGGAACACCAAAGAAUUCACACAGGAGAGAAACCAUAUAAAUGCUUAGAGUGUGGAAAGAGUUUUGCUCAAAAAGCACAUAUUAUGGAACACCAAAAAAUUCACAGAGGGGAGAAACCUCAUAAAUGCUUGGAGUGUGGGAAAAGCUUCACCCAAAGUGGGAGUCUUAAUGCUCAUCAACAAAUCCACAAAGGGGAGAAACCAUAUAAAUGUUUGGAGUGUGAAAAGAGCUUUGCUUGGAGUUCAGAGCUACUUGCCCAUCGACAUAUACACACAGGGGAGAAACCGUAUAAAUGUUUGGAGUGUGGGAAGACCUUUUGUCAUAAGGUCACUCUUACUGCCCAUCAACGAAUCCAUACAGGGGAGCAACCAUAUAAAUGCUUGGAGUGUGGAAAGAGUUUUUGUUAUAAAGUCACCCUUACUGCUCAUCAACGAACCCACACAGGGGAGAAACCGUAUAAAUGUUUGGAGUGUGGAAAGAGCUUUGCACGGAGUGACACCCUUAGUGUUCAUCAACGAAUUCACACAGGGGAGAAACCAUACAAAUGUUUGGAAUGUGGAAAGACCUUUGCUUGGAGUAGAGCACUUACUGACCAUCGACAUAUCCACACUGGAGAGACACCAUACAAAUGCUUGGAGUGUGGAAAAAGUUUUUCUUGUAAAGUUACGCUUACUGCCCAUCAACAAAUCCACACAGGGGAGAAACUGUAUAAAUGUUUGGAGUGCGGAAAGAGCUUUUCUUAUAAAAUUACUCUUACUGCCCAUCAACGAAUCCACACUGGGGAAAAACCAUAUAAAUGCUUGGAGUGUGGAAAGAGCUUUGCUCGGAGUGGAACCCUUAAUGUUCAUCAACGAAUUCACACAGGAGAGAAACCAUACAAAUGUUUGUACUGUGGAAGUAGUUUCAGGCAAAACUUGAGCCUUGUUUGCCAUCAAGUAAUCCACACUGGGGAGAAACCAUAUAAAUGUCUGGAGUGUGGAAAGAGCUUUGUUCAGAGUGGAAGACUUACUGCCCAUCAACGUAUCCAUACUGGAGAGAAACCACAUAAAUGCAUGGAUUGUGGAAAGAGCUUUGCCCAGAGUUCAGGCCUUGUUGUCCAUCAACGAAUCCACACUGGGGAGAAACCAUAUAAAUGUCUGGAGUGUGGAAAGAGCUUUGUUCAGAGUGGAAGACUAACUGCCCAUCGGCGAAUCCACACAGGAGAGAAACCAUACAAAUGUUUGUUGUGUGGCAAGAGCUUCAGCCGCAAGCCAGACCUUACCAGGCAUCAUGAAGUCCACACACGGGAGCAACCAUACAUCCCAUCAAAGGAGUCAGGAAAAGGGAAAUCCAUAGAAAUGUUCAAUCAUUGUCUAGAGUUUUUGUGUUAACUGAGGCCUGUAUUAUACAGCUGAUGAAGUGGUAUUAGUUACCUGCCCUUAGCCCGCUUGUGGGGAGAACGGGAUAUAAAUAUAAUAAAUAAAAUAUGUUCAAUUAUCCACUAAAAUAAUUGCAAUACUGUUUGCUAUAAAAUAGGAGAUUUGUCCUACCCCAUUAGCACAUGAUAUGGAGGAAUAUCACAGACUUUUGGGUUAAUAGGUUAUUGUAAUGUUUUGCCAUGUAAAUAUUUUUGUAUGUUUUAUUUCUGCUAAUUAAUGUGGGGUUUUGAAUGUAUGUUUGCUAUGGUUUAAAAUGCAGGCCUCUAAGUGAAGAAAGAGGACUCCGGGUGGGUGAAUGAAAUGUGUUGUGAUUGGAUGGUAGAUGUAACCUAGGGGGGUGAGGUGAACCACAGUUUCAUAGGGUGAUUCUGAGGGACAGUUGUUCAGAGAGUGUGAGAGACAGGAAGAAUGGGGUGCUAAAAGUCUGUAUAGUUUUUUUGUGGAUGAUAUUCCCAUAGAGGCCACUUAAGCUAAUAAAUCUUUGUGACUGUUUAUUUAGAAAAUACAAAGAAAACCUGUACCUGUCUUACAACUAGAAAGCUAGUAGUCUUAAUGAAACUAUAAUGCUUUUGGAACUACUAGGGAACCAUUGUGCAUAUAUACU